AUGGCAGAGUCCAAAGAAGGGCCUGAUCCUUUGAUCGCAGCUCUCCCUCCCGCAACAGACUACCUGACCUACCUAACACUCGUCGAAUACCAGUUAACCCCUGCCCGGUUGCCGGUCCUUCACCAGGUGCUCCAAGACGAGACGUUGACUAUAAAUAUCGGCUGGGAUCUGGUCAACAUACUCCUCCCCCUUUUACCGCACUCAAGGGAAUGCCUCGACGAUGUUGCGAGGCUUGGAAACCCACGGGAGGUUAUUCUCCGGGUUUCGGAAGCUCUGAUGAAGCUCCAUGCCGCUGAAGAUGAAUCUCAGCAAGACGAGGAUGAGGGAACCGAUGAUCAGCAGGCGGGCGAGCAUCAGCGUCUACCUCUUCAUAUUAUACAGUUCAAUUGCCUCUUGUCGAUGCUUUCUACAUUACACUCGCGAAUUAAGACGAAAUACACAAGUCGAUUUAUUGCAACCUCUCUUCAUGCUGUUCUAGAAGCAUACACCGAAUUCCCGACUACAGAAACUACAGCUGCCAUUCUAGAGCUUCUUAGAGACUUAUCAGGGAAGAAGCGGCCGGCUUUACCCCCACGAUGUCUUUCGGAAAAGGCGCUUACACGCUCCACUGGAGACAAGGCGCCAGAUCCGGAGGCGGAUGAACAUGCAGAAGGAGACUCGUCUGAUGAGGCUAGAGAGGAGAAGUUGACCCAAAGAUUUCUGCAGUUUGGGCUUAUUGAAACCCUAAAGACAUAUCUCCUACAAUGUGUCGACGAACCAGGGCCAUCUGGUAUGCAAUGGGCAAUCCGUGUUCAGGAGAAGCUUGAUACCCCUCGUGCAAAAGGCGCGAUCCCCACAUGCCUUGACCAAUUUCACAAUGUCGAGUAUUUGAGGGAGAGGGAUACUACCCUGGGCAAGAUAGUGGCACUAUCAAGAGAUUUUGGGCUGGAGACGGAAGUCUUGCAAAAGAUAAUAUUUAAAGGAGAAAACGAUCUUCCACCCCCGCUGGAUUUUGAUAAUCUACCUAAGUCUCCCGAUGACAUCCCUCUAGAGAGACAUGGCUGUAUUCUCCUCCUGGCCGCGCGAUGUGUAACGGCUACACUAUUUGGGUCUGGUGCGCUUAAGCAGCCAUUACACCUGUACCCAGACAUUGUUAAUAUUCUGCUUAAUUUCCUCGGAGAUUAUGCGUCCCCGUAUACUGCAGCCGGGGGGGAACCAACAGCAUUAAUCGACUCUAUCUUAUCACUUGCCGCUGUGGCCAAGACUAGCACCCCUGAAGACGCCGAAGAUGAGGAAGGGUUCAAGACCCUUGUUUAUGGUUUGACGGCCUGCUCUCGUGGUCCUGCGCAGUUCAGAUCCUUUACCCGGCUAGGAUCUAUUCCUGCUCGUGCAUUCCAUGCAUACCCGGACAUUCAAGCGAGGUACAACCUAAUUCUGGAGAUUCUGAGUGAAGACGAAUCGGAAUAUGCGAGGCUUCCUGCCUUGCAAUGGCUCAAGGAGGAGCUUAUAUUUCACUCUGCCAAGGCGACCGAGACUGAGACCGAUAAUCCGUUUUCUGACCCUGAAAGCUUUACCUUCUUAUUUCAGUCUAUCUACAAAUUCUCGAACCCAGCGCAGACAUCUACUACACCUGCUGCCCCUGAGGGUAUAACGUCGGAAGUAUGGAUGCAAUUCAUUCAGGAGAUUGCACCGAUGUACCUUGCGAAGUUGAACCUUUAUUACUUUCUCUGUAAGUCGCCUAAACUUGCUGAGCAACUUCAUAUCUCCACCUUGCAACCGAUAUUUGAUGGGAGGUUCUUAGAUCCACUCAAGUCCUUCAUAACUUGCCUCUCAAAUCCUGCUGUCCUUUCGCAUGUUGAAGCGGAGAUGGGUGAGGCUGCCGUGCAGAUGGGAAAGAGUGCAGCAGAAGUUGUUCUACAGAUAAUUUCGGAUAUUGAGCGCGCUACAUAG